AGAAGCAGAAUGUAACAGCUAAAGUAACAAAAUCUAAAACUCCAAAAUACACUUUUCAAAAAACCGCUGAAACACAGUAUGAAGUAUUUGUUACUGAAAUGGACAAUGAUAAUUCGCUUUCGGGUUGUUCAAAUACGCAUGACGAUAUUGUAACGGGUAGUACAAUUUUUCAACAAAAUGAAAUACAAAAUAACAAUCAAUUAAUAUCUUCAAAAGAAGUGGGAAGUAAUGAAAUAUUAAACCAAAAUAUAAUUCAAAUUUAAGAAGAGAAUGCUAAAUUGCUAAGACUUUUAGAACAGAGAGAUUCAGAACUUAAUGAAUUAAAAAUAGUAAAUAAACAUCUCUAAAACAUUAAUAGUAGUGUACUUCAACAUUUUAAAACAAUUAUUGUAAAAGAAUGUGCUGAGGUAAAAGAUAAAGUUGAAGAACUAUCAUUUAAAGUUGGAAAUCCUGAUGCUUCAGCUGCAGAAGCAUUGGGUGAUCCCAAUGCAAUGGUUAUGUUUUCUGGAGUUAAAAUAAAUAAUACCAAUUGGAAAAGGCCAAAGAUGCAAAAAGAUUAAAUUUACGAGUGACUUAUCUUUCCCAGGGCUACUGAAGUCCCUUUUGCUGGAGCUAAACCGCCAAGAAAUGUUAGUGAGUCGCAAUUUAUCGAAGUUACACAUCAAGAUGUCAAAAAUAUUAUGCAUAUAAUUCACGAACUUGAAAAGGAUUCUAAUUUAAAAAUUACUGAUGGUGUGGAACAUUUAAAUGACAAACCCUAUAUUAGAAAAUAUAUGCUUGCUGUUCUUAAAAGUUUACGCGCGCAGUUGCGCACAGUCUUUAAAAAAUAAAAGUUAGAUUAAAAUUGAUCUUAUCAAUGGAUCCAUCUGAAGAUCAUUUAUCUACAAGAGGAAGGGGAGUUUUCGUACGAUGAGGAUAGUCCAUCAGAAUCCGAUUCAGAAUAUUCUAAUGAAGAACAUAUAUUUGAGAACGACGAAGUAGAAAUCGGAAACCUAUUUAUUGAAGAAGAUUUUGAUGAAAAUCUUGAAGAUGAGAAUUUAGAAGAAGUGGAGGGCAUCAAUGAGGAAAAGAGACGAAAAUGUGGAAGCAGAGAUACCUGGUGAUGGAGAGGAAGGCGAAAGAAUAAUUGAAAUGAAUGUAGGUGCACAAGGAUUUGUUUUUCAAGGUUUUCUAGAAGAUCCAAGAAUGAAUGUGUACCUUCAAGGCCGAAACGAUAAGACUGCAAGAGACCACCUGUUGGUUGCAAUUGCGCACAAUAUGGCUGAGAGGGAAACAUACAAGAGUCUAAUUGGCAGUCUACGCUGGACUAAAAAUUCUUAUAUCCAAUGUAGAUUGCCAACCACGAUGAACCAAUUGUGGAAGGUGAUGGGUCGCGAUAAGUCAAACUUGUUGUACUCAGUACAUUGUGCAUUAUGCAAAUGUAAAGUUGGUGAUGGGCAAAAACCAAUGAAAGUUUGUUAUUGCGGCUCCUGUGGACCUGGUCUCAACACAAAAAAUUUAGCAGCGUUCAUAUUAGUUCCGAUAAUUCCUCAAUUGCAGGAUAUUUUAAAAGUGCCAAACAUAUCGCAGUCUUUACGGUACAGAGAUGAGCGGGUGAAAAUAAAUAAUAACAAUUUAGAAGACAUCUAUGAUGGCAGAAAAUAUAUAGAAGAAAGAACAAAUGGUCUACUCAAAGAGGACCAGAAUAUGUCCUUAACUUUGUGGGUAGACGGAAUUGCGUUAGCAAAAUCAUCUAACGCCUCUUGUUGUCCAAUUCUGCUAAGAAUUAAUGAAUUACCACCUUUUGCACGAAUUAAGCAUACAAUUUUAGCAGGAAUUUAUGUGGGACAUCAAAAACCUAACAUCAAUAGUUUGUUGCUCCAAAUUGUUGAUCAGUUAAUAUAUUUACACACGAUCUGAGUUAAUGAGAAUGGCACCUCACAACAGUCAUUUUGCUUGUCCAAAAUGCUUUGCAGAGGGAACAUAUUCGAGACUAUAUUCCAAAAUGGUUUAUCUUGAUGAACCUUCUGUCUUACGUCAGGAUCAAGAUUUUCGUAAUGAUAUGGAGAUUGCAGUACUCACAAGAAACAAAAUAAUUGCAACAAUCACCUACUCAAAUUUCUAGGCAUCAAUUUCACAAACCAAUCUUAUUCUAGCUCGAGCUUUCUUAAUGCAGUUUACAUCGCUAGCAGAAAUUCAUUAUGGGCCAAAACAAAUGUCGUUCAAUUUUCAUUUCGCAAAACACUCACCGGAAUCAACUGCUGAUUGGGGGGUCAACGUGGGGAUAUUCUACUUAUCCGUUUGAAAGUUUUGCAUGUAAGAUUAAGGACACUGUUACCAGCCCGAAUGGUCGAGCAGAACAAAUAGUGAAUCGAUUUCUUAUGAAAAAAUAUGUAGAGUAUUCAAUUCAUAGAGAUGACGUUCCUGUGCCAACAAAAAAUAAAAUAAAGCGACUGCUAAAUCAUAAGACAGUUAACAUUCCAGAAGGAAUGCAACAAGGGCAUUAUUUUGCGGGUGAAGGAAGAAGACAGCGAAGACGUCUCAAUCAAGAAGAAAUUAAUGCUAUAAGAGAAAUAGAAGAAAUUAAUGAAGAAACUAUUGUCUAUCAGUAUAAGAAGGCAUCGAUUCACGGGGUAGAGUAUAGAGUAAAAAAUAAUAUCGAGAGAGAAUUUUGUGAUUCAAUAGUUUAUACCAAACAUGGAUUUUUUUAAUCACUAAAUUAUUAGAAUAUGAAAUUGAGGAAAGAACGGUUGCUGGCAUCAUGGGAGAAUGUUUGAAAGAAAUAGGUAAUCUUUAUCAAACAAGAUAUAUAAAGCAAGUGGUACUAAAUGAUGAAUUAAGAUUUAUUUCUUUCCGUGAUGUCAUUGUACCAGGAAUAAGCUUUGAGACUAUGCAUAAACUUAUAGCAAUUCCUUUGUCUAAUACAUCAAAUAUAGAUUGAUAUAUUGGAAAAAAAGAAAGAAAUUAAUAAAAGACAAUCUUUAAACUGUUUUAAUUGAAAGACUGGUUUUAUUGUUUAUCGCCACUAGAUUUUCAAAACUUGAAAUACUCUCUUCUGUGACUUAUUGUAAAUCACCUCAAUUAUACAGUAAAAACAAUACUGUACAAAUUUUUUUGAAUUUUUAUUACUUUGUAUUUCCAAUAAUUCAAUAAUCUUGAUUUUCCCUAAACCAGAUACUGACAGUUUCUUUUUUUGUACCGGCGUAUUGAUAUUAUUACGGCCUUACACCUAAAAAAAGUACGUAAGUGACAUUAGAACUUUAGGUUGAAUUUCAUGUGUCCAUUCUAUAGAACGAUAAACGAAAUUUAUUUAUAAUAAUAAUAUAUUUUGAGGGUUGAUUGUCCAGAACCAAGCGAUAUCUUAUAACAAAAUGGCGGACGAAUUCUGUUGUAAAGCUGGAGCAUACAGUUCUUUUUUAAUUCUCGGGUACAAUUUAUUUACAUAAAAAAUAUCAACGAUCGACAUUAAAAGCAAUCCUAGAAUAUUCUUCUUUUAACGAUUAAUGUAACUAUUGUUUAUAUAAAAUUAGAAAGCAUGUAAAACAAAAUCAAAAAUGUAAUUUUUUUAUGCUUAAGUUAAACAUUUGUUACACAGAAUGGGGAAAAAAUUAUCAAGUAUCAUCGUCGUGAUGUUCUAUCUCUUCGUUUUUUUUAUAAAUUUAGGAAUAUUUUCAAGAAGUUGACAUAAUAGACCAAAUUUUGUUACAAGCGGAAAAAGUAAAUUGUUGUCUACAAUUAUUAUUUCAAUUAGAAUUUAUUAUUAUAAUAUAGUUUACAACUAGUUUUUUUGUAAUCGACAUUUAAUUUUUCUCCAAAUGAAGGAAAAAUUAUUCUGCAAUGUGUGAAUUUUGUUUAUAAAACAAUUCUUUUUUUCUAGAAAAGAAACGAGUGUCGGCCAGCGAACCCUCAAAGUCAAACAAGUUUUAUACAUCUGAAAAAUAUGUAUAGAAUUUUUUGCAAUAUAAAUUUGCAAUAUAAAAUUUUUGCAAUAAAACAAGUCAGCCACAGUUGGGCCAUCAGUCGGCUAAACUGUGAUUUCCAAAGUUGCGAAACAAAUUUUAUAAUUGUCGGCCAAACCAUCAGCCGCAGAUGGACCAACGGUUGGGUGAACUACGGCCAAAAUUAAAUAAAUACCAAAAUUAAAUUGUAUCGUUCC